CCGCCGCGCGUCCCCUCCCGGCCGCCGUCGCCCGCUGCCCCCGCGGCCGCAGCAUGGCGGGAGCGGCCCCCGGCAGUGGCGGGCGGCGGCGGCUGCGGGACGACGGGCUGCGGACCUGCACCUCGGCCGAGCAGUCCAAGGUGGAGGACAUCGUGCAGGAGGUCUAUGAUGCCUACAAGACAAACCAUCACUCCUCACAGUACAUCCUGCAGCGCGAGAAGCACUUCCAUUACCUGAAGAGAGGCCUCCGGCAGCUCACUGAAGCCUAUGAGUGUCUGGAUGCCAGCCGCCCCUGGCUCUGCUACUGGAUCCUGCACAGCCUGGAGCUGCUGGAUGAGCCCAUUCCAGAGUCGGUGGCCUCUGAUGUCUGCCAAUUCCUGAGGCGUUGCCAGAGCCCCCAGGGUGGAUUUGGGGGGGGUCCUGGCCAGCACCCCCACCUCGCCCCCACCUAUGCCGCYGUCAACGCGCUCUGCAUCAUCGGCACCGAGGAGGCCUUCGACGUCAUAGACAGGAAGAAGCUCUUGGAAUAUCUGCACUCGCUGAARCAGCCGGAUGGCUCCUUCCUCAUGCACGUGGGUGGAGAGGUGGAUGUCAGGAGCGCCUACUGCGCCGCCUCGGUGGCCUCACUGACCAACAUCCUGACGCCUGCGCUCUUCGCUGGGACAGCUGAGUGGAUCGUCAGGUGCCAGAACUGGGAGGGCGGGAUCGGCGGCGUGCCAGGCAUGGAGGCGCACGGUGGCUACACCUUCUGCGGCGUGGCUGCGCUGGUCAUCCUCAAGCAGGAGCACCGGCUGAACCUCCGCAGCCUGCUGCACUGGGUGACCGGGCGGCAGAUGCGCUUCGAGGGCGGAUUCCAGGGCCGCUGCAACAAGCUGGUGGAUGGGUGCUACUCCUUUUGGCAAGCCGGGCUCCUCCCCCUGCUCCAUCGGGCACUCCAUGCCAGGGGUGAUCCGGCGCUGAGCAUGGCACACUGGAUGUUUGACCAGCUGGCGCUGCAGGAAUACAUCCUCCUGUGCUGCCAGUGCCCGGCCGGCGGGCUGCUGGAUAAGCCAGGAAAAUCCCGAGAUUUCUACCACACCUGCUACUGCCUGAGCGGGCUGGCCAUUGCCCAGCACUUCGGAAGUGGAGACCUCCACAAUGAGGUGGUCCUGGGUAUCCCUGAGAAUUGCCUGCAGGCCACACACCCUGUGUACAACAUCGCCCCGGAGAAGGUGGCGAGGGCGGUGAUGCAYUUCCUGCAGUAUCCCGUGCCCAGCCUGGAUCCAGCAUCUGCUGCCGAGUAGGGGRUUCCUGCUGCUGGCUCGGGGUGGCAAGCCCUGGGAGCUCAGGGUGCUAGCAAUACCAAAAUCCAGCCUGCUCCAGGCCCCGUGUCCCACUGCUGUCCUGGCCACAGCCGAGGCAGGACAGGGGCUGUGGCAGAGCUUUUUGGCAUCAAUAAAUCACAAGUGACACCC